AUGUCCUCCCCCUUUCUUGAUAUCCAAGGCAAUCCGAUUCCGCAGGAGCAGGUUCUUGGGAAUGGAGCCUCUGCAGUAGUUCUGCUUCAGAAUGAUGUGGCUGUGAGGACUCCUUUGAGAUAUCUAUGGAGCUCAGACUCCGACGUCGAAGUGAACAUUGAAAGCUUGAGACGUGAACAAGAUGUCUAUCGUCGCUUGCAAAAUCCUGGAGAUGAUCGUUCUGAAGGUGUUGUCCGUUGUAUCAAAUUUUCAAAUGAAGCCACGCAACUUGCUUAUGUGGUCAAUGGAGAUCUUCGGACGUAUCUUGCAAAAUGCCGCCCUUCCCCUCAGCUGCAACUCACAUGGUUCAAUGAGAUGGCUCGCACGUUGAGUUAUAUUCAUGACAGGCGCGUGCUUGUUGCAGAUAUUGCCAGCCGAAAUUUUCUUCUUGAUUCCGAUCUGUCCCUCAAAAUCUGCGAUUUCUCAGAAGCAUCUCUCCUCCCGUUAGAUUCUGUCAUGGAGGCCGUGGAUGACAAUGGAUACACCACCCAAAUUGAUAUUGGCCUCCUUGGAGCAGUCAUGUACGAAGUUGUAACUGGUCAUAAGUGUGAAAUCGAUCUUUUCAAAGAUAACUCUCCCUCCGACGGCCGAGCUCAUUGGCCAGAGAGGGAGUUCCUACCAAGUACACAGGGUAUCUGGCUUGGUUGGAUCAUUGAAGGCUGCUGGAACGGAGAAUUUUCCAACGCUCACAGUCUCCUGCAAGCAUUAAAUUCUAUCAACCCACACUUUUCAUCCGCAGUUGCUGCAUCGCCCACUAGCACAUCCUGGCCUCUAUCAAGGACUCUAUGCGAGAUCGGCCUAUUACGACUGUUAUUGGUGCCUUGA